AGUACUCAGACAUCCAUAUACACUUGCACCUUCAUUGUGCUCCCAUCUUUUUCGAUAUUACAUUCCAUUAACAAACCCCAAAUAGUUGUGCUGCUUCUCGAUUAUUCAAUCGCCUUUACGUUGAUUUGAAUAUUAAGAUGCACUUUUAUGCUUUGAUUGCGGUGCUAAUUUCGUUACAACAUUUCAACCCUUCACUAUCCCUUGGAUUCGAUAAUAAAGUUUCUUCAGGAGUAGCACUUGGCCACGGUGAUGCUUCUGGUGUGGCGGUGAGGUGCAUAGAGAGGGAAAGGGAAGCACUCCUUGCUUUCAAACAAGGCCUCGUGGAUCAAUACAACCAACUCACUUCUUGGGGAUCUCCUGAUUGUUGCACAUGGGAAGGAGUUUUCUGCAGCAACCAAACCAAAGGUGAUCAUGUUAUCAAGCUUGAUCUUCUACUAUAUGAUUUGCAAGGUAAGACGAUAAGCCCUAAACUGAUUGAGUUGCAGCAUUUGAAAUAUUUGAGCCUCUAUGGAAUUGACUUCAAUGGGAGCCAAAUUCCAGAUUUCAUUGGUUCCCUAUCCAAUUUAAGAUACCUCGAUCUCUCUGACGCUUCUUUUGGUGGUCGAAUUCCAAGUCAGCUUGGAAACCUUUCACACUUGCUACAACUCAAUCUUGCCUACAACCACUUUGCUACUAAUGUUGUGCAAAAUCUCAAUUCUUGGCUCCCUCGUCUUUCUUCAUUAACACAUUUGGAUUUGAGUUACAACAAUCUCAAUAACACUUAUGACUGGCUCGAAGCAAUUAAUAAGCUCCCUAAGCUAAGGGACUUUUCAUUAAGGGAUUGUUCUCUUCAUUCUCCUCCAAUGCCUUCCACUCUCUUUACCAUAAAUUCUUCUAAAUAUCUUGCUCAUGCUGAUUUCAGUUUGAACCGUCUCACAUGUUCUUCGAUAUUCAUAUGGUUUUCAACCUAUAGUACAAGCCUUGUUUAUCUUGACCUCAUUGGCAACAAUUUAACUGGUCCAAUUCCUGGUGUUGUUGGAAACAUGACCUCGCUUUCCUAUCUUGAUCUCUCUUUUAACCAAAUUGAAGGAUGGAGUCCGCAUUCUUUUGCUAGAUUAUGCAGUUUGCGAUCGUUGGUCCUCAGGAACAACAGACUGAGUGGACAAUUUUCCCAGUUGGUUCAAAUAUUAAUGUCUGCAUGCGCUCAAAACUCAUUAAAGUUUCUGGACCUCUCUUACAAUCAUCUUGUCGGGCCAUUUCCUAAUCUUAUAAAGUUUUUGUCGUUGAAAGAUUUAAAUCUCUCUGGCAAUCAAAUAAGUGGAAUAAUUCCUGAAACUAUUGGGAAAAUGUCUAAGCUCGAGAGUAUCGACCUUAGUAUGAAUCAUUUGGAAGGGGUGAUUUCCGAAAGCCAUUUCUCACGACUUGCCAGAUUGAAAUAUUUGGAUUUGUCCUUUAACUCUCUAGUUUUAAACUUCCAUUCGGAUUGGAUUCCUCCUUUCCAAUUGGAUUAUAUAAUACUAGGUUCUUGCAAGGUAGGUCCAAAUUUUCCACAAUGGCUUCAAACUCAGAACUUUUAUUCUAGACUUGAUAUUUCAAAUGCUGGAAUUUUCGAUAUCCUUCCAAGUUGGUUUUGGCGAGGAAUGUCUCCUAAUUUGGCCUUCAUGAAUCUCUCACACAAUCAAAUUGGAGGAACAAUACUUGCAAAUUUGACAUUGGAGUUUGCAUAUUCCCCUCAAUUACAUUUGAGUUCCAACAAAUUGGAAGGUCCAAUCCCCUCAUUUCUAUCACAAGGGUCAUUCCUCGAUCUCUCAAAUAAUAAUUUUUCUGGGCCGAUUACUUGGUUGCGUGCACCGACCGCAACAAGUUUAACCUUUCUUAAUCUCUCAAGUAACAAUCUCUAUGGACAACUUCCAGAUUUCUUGACAUAUUUGGACAAUCUGGUCAUGCUCGAUUUGAGUUACAAUGCUCUUUCUGGGAAAAUUCCUGCCACAAUAGGCUCCUUAUUUCGGAUGGAAACGCUGAAGUUAAGAAGCAACAGGUUUUUGGGAGAAUUGCCUUCAUCCUUGAAGAACUGCACAGGUUUAAGAGUCAUUGAUCUUGGAAAUAAUACAUUAUCGGGACCUAUACCAAAAUGGUUAGGAGUCAGUUUUAAGGAUUUGGUUAUCCUAAUGCUUUCAUCUAAUAAUUUCAAUGGAAGCAUGCCAUCACAGUUAUGUCGUCUAUCACGCAUUCAGAUUUUGGAUUUCUCUAUGAACAACAUCUCGGGAGGUAUACCCAAGUGCCUCAAUAAUUUGACUACUCUAGCUCAGAAAGGAAAUCCAAAUAUGAAGAUCACACAUUAUUACGAGGCGCCCGAGAUUUCAGAUGAGUAUGAGGAUGAUGCGGCCUUCAUAUGGAAGGGAAGCAUGCAAGUAUACAGAAACACUUUGGGGCUUAUGAAGAGAAUUGAUUUCUCAAGCAACAGAUUAAUCGGGGAGAUACCAAAAGAAAUCAGUCAUUUAGUUGGAUUGGUUUCUUUAAACCUAUCGAGAAACCGAUUAACAGGUCACAUAACUCCAGACAUUGGAAAGUUGCAGUCAUUGGAUGCCCUUGAUUUGUCAAGAAACCAGUUAGAUGGAAGAAUUCCGACAAGCCUUUCUCGAAUAGAUCGCCUUGGUGUCUUGGACUUGUCAUACAACAACUUGUUUGGCGAAAUUCCCAUUGGAACUCCGCUCCAAAGCUUUGAUCCCUCUACUUAUGCUGGAAACCCUCAGUUGUGUGGACCUCCACUUCAAAAGCCGUGUAUUCCAGAAAAAACAGAUCAUCCAGAUCAGAACAUUGGGAUGAGAAAAGAAGAAGAGAAGGAUGAGCUUAUAAGCAAGGGAUUUUACAUAUGUGCGGGGCUUGGAUUUUUUGCUGGAUUUUGGGGAGUUUGUGGCAGUUUGAUAUUCAUCAGGUCAUGGAGAUACGCGUACAUCAACUUCUUAAAUGUUUUAGAUGACUGGUUUUAUGUGAGGAUUGCCUUGAUCAGGCAACGGUGGAUGCUCAAAACAUCUCAAACGACAAGCGCGCGGUAAUUUUACUACGAGGUAGCUCCUGAUAUCUUCUGAUCGAGGAAAUUACCAACUGCUCCCCGUCAUCAGUCAAAGUUGCCAUGCAUGCAUCAUUUGUGCGCUAAUAUUCUAUAGGGGUGCCUUUUGGAGUAUGGAGCUAGGUCUUUAUUAUUGUUUGCGUUGUAUUGUAUUGUAUUUGUAUUUGUAUUUGUAUUGUAUUGUAUUGUAUUGUAUUGUUUGUAUUUAAAAAAAAAAAAAAGAGAGAGACUAUUGUACUAAGAAAAAAAGGAAAGAUUAUUGAAGUUUGAUUUGUACUAGCCGCCGUUUUAGUGCCUCCUUUAUGUCUUCUUUAAUUACUCGUCAUAUGUUUACCCACUUAACUAAAUAACUAACAUUAACCGUUUUAGUGUCUCCUUUAUGUACAUCUUCUCUAAUUACUUGACAUGUGUUCACCCACUUAACUAAAUAACUAACAUUGGUAACUAAAUUAGAGUCAACGAAUCAAAUCAAAUUAACGUACUAAAUCUAAGUCGACAAAUCAAAUCUGCUAUCCCCAACUAUGUGUCUCCUUCAUGUGUUUUCUUGAUACUUUUUCAACACGUGUCCUCCAACUUAACUAAGACUUA